AUGUUUGUCGUUGUGAUUCUAUUCUCUGUGUUGUUUUGGAAAGAUAUUUCAGUUCAUACAGCUAUAAUCAAUUAUGAUUUGAUUGUUCGAUCGAUUCCAUCGAAUCCUGAUGGAUAUCCACGAUCAGUGAUCAUCAUUCAUCACGCUAAUUCCUCAUGGAAUAUCCAUCGACCGUUUCCAGGUCCGUUGAUUCGAGCUCGUCUUGGCGAUCAGCUACGUAUUCGAAUUCAAAAUAAGUUACGUGAUCAAGCCACUGCUAUUCAUUUUCAUGGGCUCCAUAUGUUAGCUAAUCCAUGGGCUGAUGGAAGCGAACACAUUACUCAAUGUCCUAUUCCUCCAUAUAGCUCGUUCAUUCACGAGUUCAAUGUGACACAAACAGGAACAUUCUGGUAUCAUUCGCACAAUGCUCAACAAUAUGCAGAUGGACUGUAUGGUCCAAUUAUUAUCGAUGGUGAUCCCAUUCCACAACGCUAUGAUUAUGGAUUGAAUGAUCAAAUUAUUAUGCUUCAAGAAUGGUAUCACGAGACAUGGCCAGAUAUCAUGACCGCGUAUCAAGGUCCUCACGGUGCCUAUCCUGGUAGCAUAGCAAUAUAUCCAUGGCCUCCGACGACAUUUCUUAUCAAUGGUCAUGGCCGAUUUGAUUGUCGCACCUAUGAUUGCUCAAGAAAUGAUACCUGGAAAGAUACGUGUGGCAAUGUUUUUCCAGUUCAAUGCAUUCCACUUCGCGGUUCUUUUUUUGGUCCUUGCAUUCCGAAUGCACAUCCGAUCGAUGAAUUUCAAUGUUUACCUGGAAAAGAAAUGCGCUUACGAUUAAUUAACGCGGCUAGUGGCAUUCCAUUUCGAUUUUGGAUCGAUCAACAUAAUCUUACUAUUGUCGCUCGAGACGGAGUCGAAAUCGAACCUGUUAGUGUUUCAUAUUUACACAUUCCCAUUGGACAACGAUUAGAUUUGAUCAUAAACUGUAAUCAAGAUCCAACAUCUGCUUAUGAAAUUAUUGCUGCCAGUCGAAAUAGUUUUCAGCCACCGGAAAUAAUCACUGGGCCAACACCCACUAUGUGGACAACCGCACGACUCGCUUAUCCUCAAUCGAAAGUCAAUACACGCACAAUAAACAUCAAUGAACAGAUGAAAAUCGAUCCUGAAGACCCAUUCUUUGAAUACAAAUAUCUGAAACCAUUGUCACCACGUCGAGCUAAACCUGCCAUUCGACGAGUGAUUCUUACUUUUGUUGUUCAUUGGAAUAACAGAAUUGGUAUCGAUGCUUUAGAAGAGUGGGCUGUCAACAAUAUCACAUUUGAACCACCGAAAGAACCUCUUCUUCAAGGUAUUUUCCUUGAUGGAACCGAUAAACACAUUUUGGCUGAAGAAUAUCCUGGUCGUGUAAAUAAUACUCAUGCCACUUACAUUGAACAUUUCGAGUAUGGUCAAACUUACGAAGUAGUAAUGAUCAAUAAUGAUCCACAACAACAUCCGUGGCAUCUGCACGGUUAUACGAUAGAUUUUAUUGCUGCCGGUAAACUUCCUAACAAAGAACUUCCCGCUUGUAAUCGAUCGAUAUCUAGAUCGAUGGAUAUUGAUCUUGAUUCGUUACUAGCGCCACUGAAUUCAACACCGCCUGUUUUAACUGUAGGCGAUUCCUUCAACAUGCCUCGAGAUAGUUAUGUCGUCUUUCGUUUUACAGCCGACAACGCUGGUCCAUGGUUUAUUCAUUGUCAUAUGGAUUGGCAUAUUUCACCUGGUAUGGCACUCGUUUUCUCAGUUAGCCAAAAUGGUGCUUAUCGACAUUUAAUUCAACCUCCACCCAAAGACUUCCCAAUCUGUGGCUCAAGGCAAACACUUGUUUACAAAUCAACGUCGUCUCCAAUCGUACCUCACACUUUAUUUAACACUCAAAUGAUUUCAAUUCUAAUGGUUCUUGUUCAUUUUAUUACCUUGCGCAUAUGA